UGCAUCCAGCAGAGGUUAAAUUUAGUGUUGCACUCCUCCAUCCUAUUUGUUGAAAAUGGCUUUAUUGGAAGAUGGGAAUGCAGGAUGCCCUGCAUUUUGAAAGAGAAAGCGAGGACAGAGGAAGAUACAAUAAGCUGCCAAUAGAUGUUUAUCAUUUCGCUCUAAUUCACCUGAUGUGGAAAAGCACGAGUCGAUACAUUCUCUCUCCCCCUCUCUCUCCGUUCCCUCUCUAUCUCUGCCUCACACACAAACACGCACCUCGGCUGUGAGCCUCGCAUGUGUCCCUCCUCGUGUCAGCGAGUCGCUGCCUGGCUGCUCACGCUGCCGUUGGGAAGAGGAGGAGAGGAAUGUGUGCGCUGUGACCACCUGGAGAUGAUUUUGUUUUGGCUGCUUUGCUGGAAGCUGUUGGUACGUAGACAGAGACCCACGGCACACAUCAAUGUGAGAGCUACAGUUGGAUUUAGGAGGACAUUACCUGAACUUGGAGACGGAAACCACGACAACCAAUCCCCCUGCAAUUUCAACAGUGAUUCUGUUACUCUUGCACACCCACAGAAUCCAGUGGCCAUGGAGAUCAGUCCCUCACAGACAAUAACAGACCUGGCGAAAAAGAACUUAUUUAACUUUGAAAGCCAGGAGUCAGAUGAAGUCCCAGACCCAGAGGUUCCAGGAGUGGAAGAAGCUGCAGAGGAGAAAAAUGAGAAAAGAGAUGAAUAUGACUACCUUGUUUCUGAAACUAAUGUAGAGAAGGGAAAAGAGGCAGAGGAUGCCAGUGACAAAGAAGAGGAAGAAAUUGGUGGGAGGGGAGAAAUUGAGGGAGAAGAUCAAAGAAGAGGGGAAGUGGAAGAAGGGGGAAAUGAAAGAGGAGAACUAGAAGAAGAUACCCAGCAAGGAAGAGAACAAGAAAUUGAAAUAGAACAAAGAGGAAAAGUAGAUGGAGAAGAUAAGGAAAAAAAUGAAUUAGAAACUGAUGAUCUGUGGAAGAGAAAAAUCGAAGGAGAGGAUGAAGGUAGAGAAGGCUUGAAUGAAGUAAAUCAAUGGAUAACAGGAAUCUUGGGAGAAAUGAGGGAAGCUUUUUCAUCAGAUCAGCCUUUCUUCAAUGAAAAUCCACAAAGUUUAAUGUCUGAGCCCCCAGUCAUCACUUCAGAUCCACCAAAAUCCAUACUGCUGGAGACCUGGAACCGUGACUUAAACAACAGAGAUGAUCUCAGUUAUAGCCACCUCAGUGACAGCUUCCAGGCAGAGCUGGCUGUUGUGCACUCAGACAGUGAUGCCAGGCACGACCAAUGGGUAGCCUUAGCAUCAUGUGAUGAGACUAACCAUUUAACAAAAAACAGAGCCAGUGCUGAUGACACAUGCACUAAAGAGAGCAGGAAUGAGGAUGGGGUGGAAGAACAAAAUACUGAAGUGCUGACGUUGGAAGAGGGGGAGAUGAAUGAGCAAAAGGAGAAGAACAGUAGAGUCAUGGAGGAAGGUGAAGUACAGAUUAAGUCGAGAAGAGAUCUUUUCUUGUUCUCUCCUUCAGUGAACUCCACAGCCAGCUCAGCUGAUCCUGAUAGAAAGGUCCCUUUAGAUUUCUGUGUGCAACUGGAGAGCCUCAGUGAGAAUGUCUCCACAGAGCAUCUGGACUUUUUGGCUUGUCGCCAGCAGUGGAAGAAGAUGGAGGAGGAAGUCAAAGGUCUGCCCAUCCCCAAACCAGGACAGGUAGCUAAGGGGAGCUUUCAGGGUACCUACUGUUCAUUGUACCCACCCACUCGCAGCCCCUGUCCCAAACAUCGGGAAAUCCAAUCCCCCAUGUCCAAAGAAGUUCCUCUGUCCUCCAUCCUGUGCCCUGGUUCUGAGGACUGUUCUUUUCGUAGCCCUCUGGAGCAGAGAGAAAGUGCUGUGGAGAGGGAGAUCCGAUUAACUUUAGAAAGAGAGGAACAACAUCAGCGUGAGAGAGAAAUGAUCGCGCAGGGCCUGACAGUACCAAGACUAUCCACCCUAGGAACAGGACGGUCUGUGCCCAAACUUCCAGUCUGCCGGACCCCUACUCUGUCAAUCUCACCAUCCCCCUCCUUCUCCUCCUCUCUCCCCCGAUCAAUAUAUCAUGAAAUGACAGCCAGUAAUGUCAUCAUCCUUGAACCCGACUCUUCUGGCUCUAGUUCCAGGAACCGUCUUCUCUCUUCUGCCAUCGGUGGCCUCUCUGAUUGGUCUACCAGCCUUGAUGUGGCAUCCUCCACAAGCGUCAUUGUGGUGGAGACUUCCAAUUUGAUUAUUCGCAGCGCUUCUGAGUUUUGCCUGAGCUCUGGGCCUCCGCCUAUGGAGCAGCAGGAGAGCACUUUCUCUUCGAAUCCAUUCUUCAAGUUGCGUUCCAACAGCAGCCAGUCUCUAGUGGAGCAAGAGAUCAAGAUGGUGAGGCAGAGGGAGGAAGAGUGGAGGAGACAAAGGCAGGAAAUGUGGAUGAGAACAAGGGAGGAUGAGUGGAGGACAGGGAGAGAGAGGUAUGACACUGUGCUGGUGUCACCAAGUCUAAAUGAGAACAUCACUUUCAAUGUGCCAGGGGUUCCAGACAGAUCUGUCUCCUCCCCGUCGUCACCCUCCAGACCACGCAAAAUGGAACGGUCUAAUUUGUCUUGUGACCAAAAGUUGGACUGAUUACACUUCUUAUCAGUUCAAUUAUUCAUUGUUUUGCUCAUUAUUUCAUCUACCUGUCAUACCUUUACCCGUUUUUCAAUCAUACCUCAUUUCAUCUUUUCCAUAAACACUUGUGUGUAUCCUUCCAUCCAUCCAUGGCUCUUUGCUCUAGUAGUUUAGCUGAAUUUCACCCUCCCUCCAGUUUCCCCUCUCCCUGUUUUUAGUGCCGCAUCUUCAGAAUGUCAUGGAACAGCGCUGGGAGGCCUCGCUCUCAGCCAACCAGAAGAAGGAGUAAGUAGGAACAGCUUUGAACUGUUGGCAGCCACAUUGGACUGUACUGGCCUUUCCUUGCUGUGUCUUGGAGGCCAAAGUGAUAUUGUUUCAGCAGCAGCUGUUGAUGUCAAUAUUUGUCAAAGCUACAUGUUAAAAUUCAAUAUGAUUGAAAUAUAUCUUUUUCUAAACACAAGGGCAGAGAAAUGAAUGGUGGCUUUUUGUAAGCUUGGUUUUAAAGAAUAUUGUAAUUUAUUUGCUUUUCACAAUUUCUCUCUGGUAGGAAGUGUUAAGAAAUGCAAAAUUUUUCCUAGAUGAUAUGUACAAGUUUGAAAUAAUGCUGUGUCACUUAUUGUCAGAUUAAGAUCUGUUCAAAACUCCCAACAGGAGUUGGCAGAGCUAGUCCAAGAUCACAUGUGGCCCCAAACAAUGUUUCAUUCUGCAGGCCUUUCAGUUACCACCACUCACCAUAUCUCAAUACAGUUAUACAGUCCAUGUUUGAACAAUUACAUUUUUUUUUUCGAUUUACCCUUAGAUAUUAACAAAAAGAAAUUAACACAGUAAGAAAAACUUCAAAAUUGCAUUUUUAAAAACUGUUUGUCGAUCCACGCCAAAAUCUUUUCAAAUAACCGUCAAAUUAUACCAAGAUAAUAUGAGUAGGUUAAAAAAUUAGUCAGUGAUUUAAAAUGUUAAUUUCUGUGGUCAUUUUAUUUCUCUUAUUUUACCUUGAAAUGUGUAAAAAUUGUAAACCAAAAGCACAACAGGAUAGUUAACUUAUUUGCUUAUUUUUAAAUGCAGCACAAAAGUUUUUGUUUUUGAAUGUUUGUUUUUGACCUUUCAGGGAUUAGGAUGAAUCUCAAUUCUGUCCUUUAUUUAGCCAUAUUUGUCCUUUAGAAUAUGACAUUUUCAGUAUUACAAAGAGGGACAGAGAUUAUUUUCCCUUUAAAAAAGGUAUCCAGCUUCCAUUCUUUGUCCAAUACAAAUGCAUAGUUAAAUAAAAAGUCUCAAGUUUUGGAUACAUUUAGGACCUAGAUGUAGGCUAAUAAAGUUUGUGCCCAUUGGUGAAAGCAAUUGGUCCUUAGUACCGUUUAAUAAAAAAAAAAAAAAACUCAACUAAUCUUCAGGGAAAUCAAACAGUUUGGAUACACCAAAACAUCAACAUUAAGCCUAAUUUUUGUUAGCCAGAAUUUAAAAAAACAAACAAAAGAGAUGAUGUAAGUAUGUUUAUGUUAGUGUCAGGAAUCCUGAAAACUGUGAUCCACAUCAGAAAAUAAAAAGCUGCUUUUUUGCAGCCAGCACUGUAAGUGAGGGCUUACACAUUAGACUUGCUCAUAACACUCCAACUACAUCACUAACAUUAACAAACACUAAAUGAUGUGACUAACAAAUUAGUCACAUCAUUUGAUUUCUAUUCUGAUAGUACUUGAGAUGUGCCUUUUUUAACACGUUUAACAUGUUUUCAGCUUUUUAAAGUUUUUUUUUUUUUUAAGUUUUAAGUUGUUUGAUGAAUUCACAUACCUAGAGCUGAAAUAUUAAUAAUCCCUGAGCAGAGAACAGCACAGGAAUUACAUAACUGAAUUUUCCCUCUGUACAAGCAAUUCUUGUUAAAUAAAUGUAAGUAGUAUAACUCUGAUCCAUGAUCCAGAUCUGUCUGAAGUAGAAGACAAAAGCAGCUGCUCAAAUAUGCUUAGUCUUGGACCGGCUCUGUAUCUCACUUUAAGAAUCUUUAUUCCUAAAUUCACAUUUUCCACAUUAUGUGAACUUGUGUUGUUAUUUUUUCUCUAUAUGUUAGCUACUAACCUUUUAGUAACCUGUGUUUGGGAUUAUGGAAUUUGUAGAUCACAUGCCUUACAGUGAUUUCAGUUGUUGGCUUGGUUACCUUGUUACCUUUAAAUUACUUUUUAAUUUAAAAGCAAUUUUCUGCUAAACAGAAUUUGAUGUGCAGAAAUAGACAAACAUGUUUAUCUAAUUUUGGAAAACUAGUUUAUUUCAAGUGUAAGACAUUGAAAAUCCAUGUCCAAAAUAAAUAACACAUAUGCUGGAGUCACCAAUCAAGAGAGUUGUUUCCAGGUUUUCUCCUGUUGUCUCAAUAGAACGAGCAUUCAAUGUAUAGAUCCUCCUGCACCACUUUUCUUUGAUCUAAUCAAAGAUGAUUCCUGAAACCAAUGUGUGUGGUUUUAUUUCUGCUGUGGUUUUAUCUUUAAAAUGUUGUCCAAAGUACUCGUUCGACUUUUGCUUGUUAGUACCUAACAGAUUCUGGUGAGAAAUUAGGUCAGUCAGCAUGAUGUUUUUUAAGGAAAGAAAGAAAAACAAUCACAUAAAUAAACAAAAAAAAAUAGGGAAACACUGACCUGCUGUCUGACCACAGUUUUUUGCUUUUGAUGUGUCCGCCCGUCAGACAAAAAGAGAAAUCCUGUUCAAACUCUGUCCGUCUGUGAUUCUGCAAAAUGAGCAUGUAUUUAAACUUAUGUUCUAACAAAAGUUCUGCUGAAGAUUUGUACAUAUGUUUGUCUCCUACUGUGCCCCUAUAAGAGAUUUCAUGUAUAUUUGAUGCAUAUAUUUAAUGAACAAUGCUUAUGGUUCAUUAUCUUGUAAAACAAAAAUGCUUAUAGUUCUGACAAUAAGGUUUGACAAUGCUGUAAAAUGUUGACAAAUGAACACACCACACUAUGAAGUGUAUAAAAGAAUUUAUAGUGUGGUAUGUGCAUGUGUUCAUUCGUUCAACAUUUUACAUUAGUUUGGUCACUGAAUCUCCAAAAGAAUCAUACCUGUAGAAAUGUUGAACUGAGGAACAAUUGCUUUAUUCAACCUGCAUGUAUUUUUUUAUUCCUGGAUAUUUUGAAGCACAGUUUAAAAAUCUAAGAAAUGAAUGUAAUCAUAAUAUUAAAGUACAUUUAA